UUUGAUUGCCAUCUACAUCGUUUUCAUUGUUCAACACGUCAAACGUCAUUCAUUUCUGGUGUGAGAAAACCGCAUCGAGUGAUUCGUGGAGUGCUGUGAAAUUCGUGUUUCUGGAAGUUUUCGUAUACAUUAAUUACUUGAUACAUUCGUUCAUCAUUAUUACAGAAUAAAGGACCAAAAAUGGUGAAGGAGACCACAUACUAUGACAUUCUUGGGGUGAAACCCAACUGCACUACAGACGAACUGAAGAAGGCAUACAGAAAACUUGCCCUCAAAUACCACCCUGACAAGAAUCCUAAUGAAGGAGAACGUUUCAAGCAGAUCUCUCAGGCUUAUGAGGUCCUAUCCAACCCAGACAAAAGAAGAGUUUAUGAUCAAGGUGGAGAACAAGCACUUAAAGAAGGUGGUGCUGGCUCCAGUGGCUUUUCAUCACCAAUGGACCUAUUCGACAUGUUCUUCGGCGGUGGAUUCAGUGGUGGGCGGCGCCGCGGCCGCGAGCGGAAAGGCAAAGACGUCAUCCACCAACUAUCAGUCACACUGGAGGAACUAUACAGAGGAGCGGUCAGGAAACUUGCUUUGCAGAAGAAUGUCAUUUGUGAGAAAUGUGAAGGACGGGGCGGCAAGAAGGGUGCAGUACAGACGUGCCCGACGUGUCGCGGCACAGGUAUGCAGGUGCAGAUCCAGCAGUUGGCGCCUGGCAUGAUACAGCAGAUUCAAACCGUCUGCAGCGAAUGCCGCGGACAGCGUGAAAUCAUCGAUCCUAAGGACCGCUGCAAAGUUUGCCAGGGCCGUAAAACCGUGCGUGACCGUAAAAUCCUUGAGGUGCAUGUAGACAAGGGCAUGACUGACGGACAGAAGAUCGUCUUCAGCGGAGAGGGCGACCAGGAGCCUGACAUGGAAGCAGGAGACCUUAUUAUUGUACUAGACGAGAAAGAACACGAUUUAUUUAAACGUUCCGGCAACGAUCUCAUAAUUCGGUUGAACAUCGAGCUGGUGGAAUCGCUGUGCGGCUUCCAGAAGGUCAUUCACACUCUUGAUGAUAGAGACAUUGUCAUCACAGUGCUGCCCGGGGAGGUCACCAAGCAUGGAGAGGUCAAAUGUGUGCUUAGUGAAGGUAUGCCGAUGUACAAGAACCCGUUCGAAAAAGGCCAGCUGAUCAUACAGUUCCUAGUUAACUUCCCAGCCCGUAUUCCGCCUGAAGUCAUUCCUGCCCUGGAGAAUUGUCUGCCGCCCAGGCCUAGAAUCGAGAUCCCCGAGCUGGCCGAGGAGUGCCAGCUGGUGGACCUGGACCCCGAGCAGGAGACACGGCGCCGGCGCCAGCACGCGGGCCCGGCUUACGACGAGGACGACGACCACCCGGGCAUGAACCGCGUGCAGUGCGCCACCAGCUAAUCGCCGCGGCCGGGACUGACUCCUUCGAUUCUCCGUUUCUACUCGCCUUUUAUUUACUUGUACCGCUUAUUUCGGACCUUGCAGGCGCGGCUGCGGCCGCUGACGUGUCUCUGCAAUAUUCUUUUGCUCGCAGUGGCCGCAUCUGCGUCGAGUUGUUCUACGUUUAUUGACGCUGUAACUGUUCCGAUCUAACGUAAUAACCGUCGGUGAAAACGAUUAUGUUUGCCUCAUUGCGAGUUACGUUUUUAUUAGAGUUGAUAGUUCCGACGAUUAGAGGAAUCUUGAGAUUUCUCUCGAUUUACUUUGCUGCGGAACGUAAUGGAAGGCGAAUUUUUGUAAGGAAAUAGUGCAUAGCGUAAUCAACUUGUGCUCAUUUGCGUAAGACUGCUUACACAUGGCGCCCACAGAGUUGCGGCGUCAUACCGCAGCAACAGCGAGCGACAACAGCCCAUGGGGCACGAUCAACUAAAAUCGUACAUUAGUAGACAAUUGCGGCAGCCCUCGCCGCGGUGCGUGUAUGAAACUGUUUAAACAAAUGCACGCGCGACUACAACACCCUUGCUUGUUACGGCGCAGUGGGUAACCACCCCAAUGUACAAAGUAUGUACCCAUUCCAAAAAGGGGAAUUCUCGCGCAGUCUCGGGAAUUCCCGUAGCUACUGUCUCGUAUCUAGUUUGUAUACAUCAUCAUUAACCCAUUUAUACGUCACACUGCUGGGCACUGGUCUCCUCUCGUCCGUCACGCUGGCCCAAUGCGGACUUCACACGUUUUCCGAGGGUUGUGGACCUUCGACACGGAAGUUUUCCUUCAUAGUUUGUAUACAUACUGAUGGAUAAUUUUCCGAAAAAUUGGAAUAAUAUAAUUCGAGUGCGCAUAUUUUUUAUAUGCGCGCCCGUUUUUAUUUCCGAAAAACAUUUUUCAAAAGAAGCCAUCAUGAUGGCUAGUAACAUAUAUGACUGGUGUUUUCCUCGUGACGCCGAAGCCCUUGCCGUCCCACAAAUGCGCAAUUCCUGAUACUCUCGUUGGCAAUCUUCCUGCCAAACUGGGUAAAUGUUACAGUAAAAUCCAGGCUGAUCUACCCUCUAAACCGUGGUUCUUCAAUAGGAAAUCGAUUCCGAAAAAUAUUACCUCCGCAAUUAUUCGCCUACUCUUAGCUCACAUAUGUACUCUUGCAGUCUUGGCUAAGAUCCGUGUUCGAGACCACUCCCUGUGCGAGUGUGGUUUGGCAGUAAGCAACCUCGAGCACCUGCAUUUGACCGUAACGAUAUCGUCACUCCUCUGUACGAUGUCCUAAUAAUAUCAACUUGCUCCUAACGUUAGUUCACUCUCCCUUUCUG